AUGACGUUGAGCUUUGUGCCUGGUGAUCCCAACCAGGCUUACCAAGCGUGGAGACUUCGCACAAAAUUAAUUGAUCCAAAUGACCAUUCACCGGUUAAUACUUUGAGUUGGGGUGUUCAAGAGGAAAUUGUCAUAGGAUCUGACUUCCUAACUCUUUGGAAUCUGAGGAAGGAAUAUGGUGAAACACAUACGAGAAUUUUAUGGAGCAAGCUACAGGCUAACCCUGUAUAUAUCGCUAAGAUUACGCAGGAUUCAUCAUUGAUUGCAAGUUGUGGAAAGUAUGAUAAGCUUCUGAAAGUAUGGAAUAGAGUUCUUUUUGGUGAUAAUUCGUUAUUUGAUAUGACUUAUCUGAUGCAUCCAACAACAAUCACAAAUUUAAGAUGGAAAACACAUGAUUAUACGAAUCUACCCACUAGUGAUUCCUAUACAAAUACACUAUACUCGUUGGGCAGAGAUUCAGUGCUAAGAAUAUGGUCAAGCUACGAAUAUGAGAAGACACAUUUGAUACAGCAUUGGGGCUCUUUGAACCUUUAUAACGACUCUUGUAAAAAAGAAGGCAAAAGAUUCGUUAAUAUUGUCGAUGAUUAUUUGGUUACCAAAGCUUUGAAAUCUGCUUUAUCACGGAUGUAUAGUGAACAGCUCAUUGAAAUCCAAAAACGACAACCUGACAUGGCGUUUGUUGCUGAUGAAAACAGUAACAUUACAGUUAUAGCAAUUGAAAAUUUAUCUCAGAAUCCACCUAAACUAAUGAGCACGGCAGUGCUGAAAACGCUGAAAUUUUAUCCAAAGGCUUUUGUUUCGAACCCACAAUUUAUUAAUUUCGCUGAAACCAUCAUAAAUGAUGAAGGUGAUUUGUCUGUCAUUAUUCAUGAUCUUAAUGGUGUUAUAAGGCAUACUUCAAUUGACUUGAGAUUUUUAGUUGAUCAUGCAGAUAUAAAUCAGGUUGGUUUCCUAGCUCACAAACUUACUGGACAUAAAAAGUCGAUUAAAGAAAUCAUAAGAACAGUCGAUGGUGAAGCUAUGCUAACUAGGAGUAGAUUUACUGAAAAUGCUAUAUGGAUCCCACAACAUUUGAAAAAUGGGGUAACAUUAGCCAAAAAAUCUAUUGUUAAUACUCCUGCACCAAUAUCAAAAGCUGUAAUGCUAGAACGUGGUGAUAUUCUGCUGACUUUAUGCAGUGAUAAGCUUCUCUUAUGGAACACAAGUCUUAAAAUUGCUGAGAUUAUAGGAUCUUUUGAUAUCAAUACCCAAGAAGAACCAUUGUCGUUUUCAAGCAUACCUUUCAAACAACAUGAUCACAAUAAGCAUUACGUUGCAGCUAUUUUUAAAACACAUAUCAAAGCAUGGCUGGUGGAAGGUAAAAGUCUAAUUGAUAUCCCAGCUGAAUCUCCCCCAUUCGAUGCUGACACCAUCCAUAUUAUAGCUCCGAUUGAUCCAGUGGGAAGUAAGUUUGAAUCUAUUCGCCCAAUUUUAUCAACUAUAACAAAGAAUGGUAUUUUACAAUGUUAUAAUUCCGUGAUUGAAAACGGCAAACUUAAAUGGUAUGAAAGUACCCGUUUAGAAACAGAUAUUUUAAAUGCUUCCUAUAUAAGAGGGUCAUCUGUGAACAAAUUUGCAAUUGUGGACGAAACAAGAAAAAAACUUACUAUUUGGGACUUGAAAACUAAAGUUCUAGAGUACGAGGAAGUCCUAGAAAGUAAUGUUAAAGAUAUUGAUUGGACAAGUACAGAAGGGAAACAAAGUAUGUUGGCUAUUGGGUUUGACGACUAUUCAUUGCUUUACACACAAUUAAGAUACGAUUACACAAAUAAACAUCCACCUUUUCAAGUUAUAAAGAAAAUUGAUGUUUCAAAGUACACUACACACAAAAUUGGUGACUCCAUUUGGUUGAAAGAUGGUACUUUGGUUAUAGGUACUGGUAAUCAAAUAUUUGUUUCUGAUAAAACACUUGAUGUUGAGACUGAUAAAUUCACAAAAAAAUCAUUAGGAUCUAGAAAUAUCGUUUCAAAUGAUUUGUUAAACUUAUGUUCCGUCUUGAAUGGUCCAUUGCCUCUAUAUCAUCCACAGAUUCUUAUUCAAACACUGUUCAAUAAAAAAAUAGAGAUUGUCAAAGAGAUUUUGUUACGUUUAUUUUUGAAAAUUCGUGAACUUGAGGCAAAAGAUAAACCAAUAAAUUUAUUAGGAUCUACAUUGGGCUUUGAUAUUUCUAAGUUUUUUGACUUAGAAUACCAUGAGGAAUCUUUUGAAGAACCUUAUACCUCAUUUGAUGACAAUGUUGCUGAUCUCUUGAAGGAAAAACUUACACUGCACACACUGCCUUAUGUCACUAGACAUCAACAGAUAACAUUAGUCAGUACGAUUGAAGCUGUUCAGGAAAUCAUUAAAAAUAGUUUAAGUUUGGAUGAUAAUGGUUUGAGAUUUUUACUAGGGAUGAAAUUGUUUCAAUUACAUAAAGGAAAACAAGAGAAACUAACAAUGAGAGAUAUAAAUUGGGCAAUGCAUAGUGAGAAUAAAGAAUUAUUGUUACAGCUAGUUGAGACCUCUGUUAAGGACCAAAGAAUUACUUGGACAGUUACCAAAGAGUACGGUUUAGCUUAUUGGUUGAAAUAUGAUGAUUUAGUUUCAACUAUCGAAAAAGUUGCAAGAAAUGAGUUCAUCAAUGACGAUAAGAAAGACCCAAUCAAAUGUUCAGUGUACUAUUUAGCCUUAAAGAAGAAGCAAAUUUUAAUUGGUCUUUGGAGAACAUCUUUUGGUCAUCCUGAGCAACAAAAGAUGAUGAACUUUUUGAAGAAUGAUUUCAAGGAGAAAAGGUGGCGUACUGCAGCACUGAAGAAUGCAUUUGUUUUGUUGAGUAAACAUAGGUAUUUAUUGGCAGCUUGUUUUUUCUUGCUGGCAGAUAGCUUGAAGGAUUCAGUGAAUGUUUUGAUUAAACAAGUUCAAGAUUUUGAUCUUGCAUUGGCAGUUUGUCGUAUUUACGAGGGUGAUAAUGGUCCAGCUCUUCAGGAUUUGUUGAAGAAGAACUUACUUUCUAACGCCAUUUCUUUAGGGGAUAGAUGGACAACUAGUUUUAUAUUCUGGAAACUAAAGCAACAAUCAAGGUCUAUUCAAGCUUUAGUGAAGUCACCAAUUGAUUGUGUUAGUGAUGAUGAGAAAAAAGAGGUUGUAAUCAGUGAAAGAUCAAAGUUCUUUAUUGAAGAUGAUCCACUGUUAUUGACUUUGUACCAAGAUUUAAGAGAAAAAAAUCUACAUUAUUUUCAUGGAUCAUUGGGUAUUAAACCAGAACAAGAAUUUGAGUUUAUCACAAGAGUCGCCGCUAUAUAUACUAGAAUGGGCUGUGAUUUAUUAGCUGUGUCAUUAGUUAAAAGCUGGACGUUCUUAAAGUCUGAAGAUUUCAAAAAAAAACAGAGUUAUGUUUCUUUAAAAUCUGCACUCAAUGGAGCUGAUUCCACUCCUGUAAAAGCUAGUGCUCCUGGUGGAAGUAUACUGGAAAAAUACGGACUAUCACCUUCUGCUAGAAGAAGAUCAAGCUUCAUCAUAAACUAUCAAGACACUAAAGAUCAAGAAGAACCGGAACAUUUUCCAAAGGGUCAUACAAAAGAAAAUGGUGGUGUUGGACUCAGUAUAUUAGAAAAAUAUGGAUUAGCAUCCAAUUCUAAGAGCACAGAAGACGAGAAGAGUAAUGGAAAUGAUAUUAAAGCUUCGAAAGCACCACCUCCAAAAGCUGCUUUCCAAGAACCAGAUAUGAGUGCAUUCAAUUUUGGAUUUUAA